UAUUACUUCUUCUGAGGUAAUAUCUGAAAAUAAUACUUUGGAUAGGCGGUUAAAGAAAAAAAAAUCAGGAUCUAAUCCCAGAUCUGUUCAAAUAUCUGAUUCAGUCAAUAUUAUUAAUAAGGCUGACAUAACCAAUAAUCUGAUAAAAAAUGUAGAUGAAAUGGACGACCUACAAGCUAAGCUUACACAAAGUCACAAAGAAAGAGAAGAAG